AGGAUUACUUACAAGAGGUAUGAUGCAAUGUUAUACAAGAUGCUUUGUACUCUUUCUGCUAAGCUGGUUACACUACUGCCAAGGUAUGUGAUAGAGAUAUUCUAGAAACGUUAUACCAUUUGUGAACAAUGAUAGGAACGUCAGUAAGUGUAAUUACGGAUGAUGGAAAAGAUACACUUUCUGGUUCGUACUGUCCUACAACUGUUAAGCUUAUCUGCAAUGUUACAAGUCUUCCUAAUUUGCGAUGGACGUACAAUACCAGCAAAAACAUAAUUGUUCUUUUUCACUCGGAUAGUGUAGUACGCUACCCAGUUGCAGCAUUUCCAUUUUACCAGUUAACACAGUUUAAUGUAUACAAAAAUCAUAUGAAUCGGACUCGGAUUAAUGCUUCAACAAUUCUCACUGUUGAUCUGUCAGAUCUGAACAAACAGAAUAUUGAAAUUAUCUCGUGCGGUUCUUCUUUUCUGGACAAGACAGUGCCAGUGAAUAUCAGCAUUUUGCAGCCAACAUUUCCUUCUGUUAGCCCCCAAGUUUAUACAGCUGUGAUUGUACGUUAUGAGUCUGGACUUGUAUCUAGUGUAGAUGUAUCAUGGAGAAAAUUUCAGCAACCAGAUUGUCCUGAAUAUGAAAAUUCCCAAGAAUACCUCAUCAAUGUCACUGGAUGUGGGUGGACGUGGCUCAACCACAGUACCUGUCAAGAUACUAUUUGCUCGUCUAUUUUCAGUAAUUGUACAGAAAACGUGAGUGAAAUCACCCUACAAGCCAAGAUCGCUGACAUUGAGAGUGAACAAGUAGUUUUUCCCACCUCUGUAGAUUCCAAUAAUCGCUACUUUAGAGCUGCUGUUAACCAGUCGUCUAGAUGCCAAAUUCAUGUGCAGUGUUUACCCAUGAGAGGAGAUGUUAGUAUACAUCAAAUGUGCACCAUUCGAUACACUGCAGAUCCGGAUUAUGGAAAUCUAUCAAAUCCUAUCACAACUCUAGUUGGCACAGCACCUGUCUCACUUUCACUUACUACUCCUGGUACCAUGUACUACUUUGAGUUCUCUGUGUUGAUGAAUGAUACCUUGUUGAUUGUGGAACGAAUGGAGUACAUGAUUACAGGAUCGGGAGAGUUAUUCCAGCUGGGUGUAAGAGAGGGUGCUAUCCUUACUAUUGUAUCAUCAUUCUUAGGAUGCUUUAUUGUGCACACUACAAUGAUACUGUACCUUUUAAUAGCUCGGAAUGCUAACGGUGUUCAUACAAUAUCCCGAUUGAAUGUGUUCAUCAUUACUAACAAACGCAUUCAAAUCUCGAUAACACUGAUCCUCUUCACGCUGUUUAUUGGAUGUAGCACUCUGUUGACAGCCUUUGCCAUUAUUUCAAAUGAUGUGUGUUUCACAAACCAACAAGUUCCCAACAGUUUACUUGAUGCAAUGUUAGUACUUUCAUGUGUUGGGAUAGGAAUCCUUCUCCUCUAUUGGGCCUUCAUAAUAUACAAAGUGUAUAAACAACGCACUAAAGGAACUAAAAACAAGCUUGACAUCAAUUCAAAAACAGUUAAAUAUGACGCUCAAGAGUCAUCUGAGAAGCCACCCAAUUCUCAAGAAUGCCAGCAUUUGGAAGAUAUGCAUCCUGAUGGUGUUGAGGAAAUGGUUCCAAUGCAUAAGAAGCCUUCGAAUGACAACCAGCUAAUGACGACACCUAGUAGGAAAUGUCCACCCUCUACACUUCCCAAACAAAGAAAGUCAGGUCAGCAUUCCAACACUGUUUUGUACGAUGAGGUUGGUUUAGCGAAAAUCAAAGGCAAUGUCUCGGAUAUGACAGAAGUUGAGUUGAAAGCUAACGAGUCUUACGGGCACACAGACAAGAGCUUUUCAACUGCCAAGAGCAACGUGGCUGCUUGUUCACUAUGUUUGUCUCCAGGCAGCAAAAUCCAGCAAGAUUUGUCAUUAAAUCAUCAGUACAGCGAUCUCAAAGUGACACCAAAGAACGAGCAUCCUAAGCAAAAUACUAUUGAGUAAGAGCAGAUAGAGUUGAAGUCUAAUCAGUCAUAUGGUCAGCUAACAAGUUCUGUUGGUCAGAUAUAUAGGGGGAUGUGAACCACUGUACGAGUACGACUAUAUAUACGUGGACCCCUAGUAACUCACAAGACAAUUCCCUAAAUAACUGCCAUGUAGCAAACUGUAACAUUAUAUUUGAGUGCAUUGCGUUUUAUGAUAAUAAUAA